AUGUCCCCCGGACUAAUUCCCCCGCACUUGAUCGGGUCUUAUAAAGCUUCAGCCGACGCUCGCCUCUGCCAUGUUUCAACAUGUCUUCGUCCCCUCCCCUCUCUUAGCCGGGCAACGGUAAACAAGCUGAACUCACUCGCCUGUUUCCCGUUCACACCAGAUCCCAUUCAGAGCUUGCAUUUUGUACACCAGCAGCGAAAGCGGGCCAAGACCGGCUGCUUGACCUGCCGUGCCCGCAAAGUCAAGUGCGACGAGACUCGGCCGCGGUGCAAUCACUGCCGCAACCUCGGGGUGGAGUGCCGCUGGCCCGAACCCGCAGCGAAGCGUUUCUGUCGCAUCUCAACGCCGCCCUCCUGCAACAGUCAGGGCCCUCAAUCGAUCGCCACGGGAGGGCCGCGAUUGUCUGCAUGCUUCCCUUGUCGUUAUGCCCGCUCGAAAUGCUCCAAAGAUCGACCGACGUGCGCCCGCUGCCGUGCUCACCAACACGAAUGCAAGUAUCCCGAGCCCCAGCGGUCCCACGCCCUCACAUCCUCGGCGCAGUCCUGGAUGAGGAGACUCCAAACGGCGGAGCUGGGCAACGCCGCCGAACUCUCGCGUCCGGAGAUCCUCACCAGCCUCACCAGCUCACCAGAGCCGGAAUCUGCUCCGUCACAUCCCGAGAUUACCGAUGGUCAACGGCCGGAAAUGCCGCCAGGCGAUGCCAGUCCCCCAGAGACGUCUGAUAGGUUGGAUGAUGCUGUUUCCGCUCUUUGUGAGAGCCAGUCAUCUCCAACACAAGUUACAGCAGGUGCAGUCGUGACACUGAGCCCGCGCAGAAGCUUUCUACCCAGCCAAGAUAGUAUUGAGCGUCUUGCGGUCGCCUUCUUCCGACACGUCCAUGUCUACCGGGCCAACGCCUUCCUGCAUCGUGAUCAGACCCUGAUGGCCAUCCGCGACGGCACAUUCUGUGCCCCGGUCGUCCUGGCCCUGUGUGCCGUCGGGGCGCGUUUCACCUCUCCGCCCCAACCAGACGACGUCGUCAUCAGCUGGGCCACCGAAGCGGCCAACUGGGUCACAACAGCGACCGAGGUCUCACGGGACCACGUUGUGGUCGCCCUUUUACUUGCUAUCUACAUGCAGCAAGCUGGUCGAUUUGCCCAAUCUCACCUGUGGUCGGCCAUUGCCAAUACCCACGCCGUCAGCCUGGGUCUUCAUCGCGAGUCGGCACCCGGCACCUCUUCUUUUGUGGAAAGUGAACGCGACCGGCGCCUAUUUUUCGCCUGCUAUGCCAUUAGCCGUUUCAUAUCCAAUGGCGCUCCCGAGUCAAUCCAAUGCCCUGCGUCUCGUAUCAACUUGCGGUUGCCAUGCGACGGCUUUAAUUACCGUCUUGACGUGAGCAUCGAGACGCCUUAUGCGACUCUCGAGGCAGACGAGCCAGAGCCGCCCGGCCCAAACAGCAUGCAGCGAAACGUUGGCGCCAUGGGAUUUUGGGUGCGACUGGUUAGCGUGAGGAUGAAGAUUAAGCGCUACUUCCAUUCCAUGACGGAGGACAGGGAAGAACGACACGCACAUCAGCAACCCAGUGCCAUUGGCACGACACUUGCCCCAUGGGGCGCUUCCUCUCCAUUCGUGGUGUGCUUGGCACAGUUGGCCUCCCUAUCCGAGUCUUUGCCCCCCCGGCUUCAGCUCUCCCCCGAGUUAGUGCUUCGACAGCACGAUGCUCCUGUUUUGGGCCAGAUUGUCAUGUUCUACCUGUGGUGGAAUGAAUGCCACCUUGAGCUUUAUAGCAUCGCUCUUCACGGAUAUCCCCAGUCCCUGGAUCCUACCGUCAUGUCAACCGCGCCGGCUGGCUGGAUUGACCAGGCCCGUCAUAACUGCUUGCGGCACGCCCAGGCUAUCACGGAUAUUUUAGACCUUGUGGAUCGGGAAAUGCCUCGCCAGCCGCUGACCAUCUCGGAUCACACCAUUGCGCACGUGGUUUAUUUGUCCGUGCGGGUACAAUUGGAGCUCCUGAUGCCGACACUCAAGGAUGGCGGAAUGCGUCUUGAAUUAAAGAAAAGAUUUGACAUGAUGCUGGGCUUUGUAGAAAGAACAAGUAAAUAUUUCCAUCAGGUGUCCCUGGUCCUUCACGAGAUGCGCCGUAUGUUGGCAUGCCACGAGCUUGCCUCAAGAACCUUCGACAGCGAGGAUGCAUUAUCUCAGACAGCAUCUUUGCCUUGGUUCUGCCGUCAAAAAGCACUUGAUUCCAGGAGAGCUGCUGAGCAAGCUGGUAUAAACGCAGCGCACUUCGAAGUAGAUCUCGCCGAACUUCUGCCUGAUUGCAUCCCAUUUGGCACUAUGUCGUGGAUCCGGGGCUACGACGUCAAUGACCCUUGCCGACUUCCCGAAACAGCAGAAUCAUCAUGGGAUAUUUUGCCCAAUCUGUGGAUGGGAGCCCCGCCCACUGGGCAAAGCACUAACAACCCUGUUACAGCCGUGAGUGAUUUUAGCAGCCUCGGUAUCUUCAAUACCUGGGGACGGAUAGACCCCAACGGGACUGGGUCUCGUUUUGAUCCACUGCUUCCUAGUCACUCUUUCGCGCAUCCAAGUGCAACGGGAACCUGUGGAACUUCAUCCGUCAUUUCUUCGGACGCUCCCUUUUCUUUAGAUCCAUUGGACACAUAGGCAGUUCUGGGCAAUCAAGCGUGGAUCUAGCAGCAUAUGGAUCUCAUUCAAAUUACAAGCUCUAUCUGUGGGAACGGCCUUGUUUUGUUUUGCAUGGAAGAGCUGAUUGACAAAGGUUUCUAUGGUG